CACCAGACCACCACCGCCUCUUUGUGUACAUCUUCCCAUCCACACCACGUUUGAUUGUUUGAAUGAGUGAAACCACCAACAAGGGAAGAGGUCGAGAGACUGAGCAGUGGAAACAGUAGGAAAAAGAGGGGGAGCUGCAGCUCCCGCCACUGUGGAGUGGACUAGCAGUAGUAGUUGCAGUGCUGCCACUGCAUUGCUGGGCGGCGGCUGUGCUGUGAACUGAUCUCGUGAGAGAGAACAAGAUCGAACCAGUUCCCCUCUUCCGCCCGUGGCCGGUACAAAUACCCCGUGUCCCGGCGCACCCCCUUCUCCAGCUAGCUCGGCUCUCGGCUAGUAUCCUAGCAAGUAGCAAGGUGCGUGCCGCUAUAUAAAAGCAAGCAGCUCGGAUACCCGCACCAAAAGGACCCAGGCCAGCCGAGCCUCGGGAGCUCGCUCGCUCAGCAGUCAGCUCCCUCGUGCGCGCAUCGCCCAGCUCGCGUUCGUCCCCUUGCCGCCGCCAUAUGAGCGAGCACGCGGCCGCCGGGAGGUGAGAUCGAGGGAUAGGCCAGGGAAGGAAGGAACGAUCGUGUCGGCAUCGACCAUCGAUGGAGACCAUCAAGUGCUGCAUCGCGUGCAUCCUGCCGUGCGGGGCGCUGGACGUGGUGCGGAUCGUGCACUCCAACGGCCGGGUGGAGGAGAUCAGCGGGGGCCCCGUGCUGGCCGGGGAGAUCAUGAAGGCGUACCCCAAGCACGUCCUCCGGAAGCCGCCGUCCACGUGCCCGGCCGACGGCGGCGGCGGCAUCGUCGUGCAGAAGCCCGUCAUCCUGCCGCCCAAUGCCGAGCUGCAGAAGGGCAAGAUCUACUUCCUCAUGCCGGUCAUGGCAGCCCCGGCAACCGAGAAGGCGCCGGCGCCGGCUCCCGAGAAGAGCGCGGCGCAAGCCGCUCAUGCCCACGCCUCCGCGGCCGCAGCGGCCAGGAGGCGACGGAGGAGGAAGGACCACUCCACGGCUCGGGAGGGAGCGCCCGCCCGCAGCGCCGCGUCCGCGUCCGCCGCGGGGCCAGCGGCGGCGGGCGGCGGCGCGGAGGGCGAGAAGGAGCGGCUGCUGGCCAACGAGAGGUACCUGUCGGAGAUCAUGAAGGAGAAGGCGUCCACGGCGAGGGACCGGCGGCGGGGGCGCGUCGCCGUGUGGCGGCCGCACCUGGAGAGCAUCACCGAGGAUGACUUGUAAUCAAGCAAGGUGUCUUGUUUCCCUUUUCUUUUCCCCUUCUUCUCUCCAUUUCUUUUGGUUUUCAUUGCUACGGGAGUAGUAGUGGUAGUUCUCUUGGCUUUCUCUUUUGUUAAUUCCUCCUGCUUUGCCUCCCCUCUGGCCUUUAUUUUUUGCCAUCUUUUCCCCGGCCCGCGCCUCCUUUAGAGCGCCACCAUCAUCGCCCUCAUCUCCCUGCUCACCUCCUUUACAAGGUGAAUCAUGUCUUUGUGAAGAAAAAGAUACAAUUUUUGCUA